AUGUCAAGUAUCUGGGACGCCUUCCAAGUUUACAACCGCAACAAGCACGACAAGAGACCCGAGAUGCGUGGGAUGAACCACGUCAACACGGGUGUCACACAGGUGCUGUACGCCAAGGAACACCGCCCACCGCCCCUCAAGCAGACGAUAACCGCACCUGAAGGUGCCACUACCACUACCACUACCGAUGGCCACCAACCACCACCACUCGACGACAAGACGCGCGAGGCGAUUUCGAAAAUGACGCGCGGAGAAUUCGAGCGGCUCCGGGCGGACCUAAGGCGGGGCGAGCCGGACAAUCGGGUAAACUUCUGA